AUGCCUCCUCUUUCGGCAUAUACUCCUUUUGAAUCUCUGCUCUUUUUCCAGUCCCUCGCGACCUCGGACGUGCGACCGACGAGCUUUGCAUCCAUCUCAAGCCUAUUGAGCGACAAUCCAUUAAUUCGUCAAAAUGUCGCGUUUAGCGCCGAUCGAUUAAGCCCCGACGCCUUGGAGGACCUGUAUGCAACCUUGCUGCGCGAUGGAUUGGACCGGGAUACCUCCAAAGCCGCCAAUGGAAUACCAACGGAGAGCUCGAACACCGGAAAUUCAAAGAAGCGAAAGAUCUCUAGUCCCCGACCGGAGGGCUUGUCCGAUGGUGUCACCCAUGCCGCCCGGGUGCCAGAGUUGGUAUCGCAUCUCUAUGCACGAUACAGGGAGCUAGUGACGAAGGAAAUCAAGGAGAGUGAAAGAGAGUACGAUGCCAUCAAUGACCAAAUUCAACGUAUUCAAAAGGAGGAGCAGAAACGGCCAGCUUCGAUCGAAGGAACCGAUGUUGCUACGUCGCCAGAUACAAAGCCCGAGCGCCCGGAAUCAAUGGAUGUGGAUGUGGAUGUGGAUGUUAAGCAGGAAACCCCGCGACGCGAUCACCCCGGACCAAUAGCUAUCCCGCCAGUCCCUCCAGCCCUGGUGAAAGCAGCGCAACAACUGCCAAUCAAACCACCUGUGCCCGCUCAGGACCCGAAGGAAGAUCAGCUUCCUCCUUCAAUAUCUGCGAAACCGCUAGCGCCAGUGUCGCAACCACAACUGCCACCUCCAUCCCUUCAAACAGCCCCGCAUGCUAUCCCAUCUCCAAUUGCACCUCGCACUCAAGCACCUCCUACCACACCCGCUCCAGCACAGCGACCUACUCCCGCACACCCAUCACAAGUUGCGCCACGGCCCAUCACAGGCGUUCCAGCUACAGGAAAGCCUGGUGCUCCAGAUAUUGUGUCCACCCCUCAACCAAAUCCCGCCAAAUCAAGCUUCCAGCAAUGGCAACUUGAAUUACCUCCUCAGUCUCCAUACUCUGCAAUCUCACCCAAUCCUAAUACCCCGCAAAUCAACUCUGCAGCUGCAAAGCAACCUCUACCUCCCCCCACCCUGCCCGGAACCCAGCAGAAACCCCCAGCUUCUGCCUUACCUAGCACCCCCGGCCCAUUAUCAUCCGCAUUUCAAACCCCUGUUCCUAUCGGCCAUCCCCGACUCUCACAUACGCCGAGUGUUGUUAUUCCUCGAUUCUCCGAGUCACGCAGCUCACGGCCUCGCCUUUCAAUUGAUACCCCCGGCUCUUCGACUCCAUGGAAGAGAACUCCGCGCCUGAGCAUUCCAGAUUCCCCCGCUUCACCAGUCCGCCCUCUACCCGAAGAUGUCAGUCCAAUCAGCGAGAGAGCACCUUCUCCCGACGGUCUGGGGAUGUCGCCUCCCCGAGAGAAAAAGACUCGGCGUGGACAGGUUUCGGAUCAGAAACCGUCGGCCAACGCCAAAACCGAGAAGCCUUCUUCUGCUCGAAAGAAGCGUGCUCUGAGCUCCGCCUCUAUGCAUAGUCGAGAGGGAUCUGUAGCCUCACGGGGCAUGUCGCCUGUACAGGGAGACGAUGCAGAUCGUGACUUACGUACCUCGAAGCGCCAAAAGGGUGCCACAACCAGCGCAGAGGAGACACCGAAGGCACGUACCAAACGCAAGCGAGGCCCUAGUGAAUCCGCGGAACAAGAAUCGGCUCCCCCCGAAACCCUGAGAUUUGAUACAUCUCGGUAUGUGAUGUGUGCUCGUGGUUUCCAUCGAACUGCCGGAACCAUUUUGAACGACGUGACCACCCACAAGCUGGCUUCUAUCUUCGCCAAACCUUUGGGUGAGCGUGAUGCCCCAGGCUAUCACGAUCUCAUUUAUCGCCCACAGGAUCUUAAGACGAUCAAGUCUGCUGUCCAUCAAGGCAGCAAAGCGGUGGCCGCAGCAACAGAAGCCGUCAGUACUCCUGCGGGCGAUGGUGAAUCUCCAGCGCCUGGCGCAGGUGCGUCGUCUAAAAACAAUGCACUCAUGCUGCCCAAGACUGAAGAUCUCCUUCCCCCAAGGGGUAUCGUGAAUUCGGCACAGUUAGAAAAGGAGUUCAUCCGCAUGUUUGCCAACGCUAUCAUGUUUAACCCUGUUCCUGAACGUGACUUUGGUCCCCAUUUCCCAAUGAUCAAUGAUCGUGGGUCUCGCGAGAGCUCCCAGUCAGGCGAUGGGGACGAAGGCGGCAUCAUUCAGGAUUCCCGAGAGAUGUUCGAAGACGUCGAGCAAGCUGUUAAUCGAUGGCGUGCUGCUGAACGAGCCUCGGAGCGGGCAUCAGAGGAGUUGGCCAACAAGAAUCUCCUUGCUCUUCGUCGCGGAAGUGUCAGUGAUUUCAAUACCGAUAGUGCCGAUGAUGUGAAAGGUUGA